AUGGUCGCAAAAGAAUUCGAAUACAAGGAGAAGCCUGAUGUUUUAGUCUUGUUUGACGUUGAUGGCACCUUAACCCCCGCCAGAUUGACAAUCUCUGAUGAAGUCAGAAACACUUUGGCUAAACUGAGAAAGAAGUGUGUAAUCGGUUUCGUCGGUGGCUCUGACUUGAGCAAGCAACUUGAACAAUUGGGUCCUACUGUUUUGAAUGAUUUUGACUACGCCUUUUCUGAAAACGGUUUAACUGCUUACAGAUUGGGUGAAAAGUUAGCUUCUCAAUCUUUCAUUAACUGGAUUGGUGAGGAAGAAUACAACAAGCUAGCUGUCUUCGUGUUGAAAUAUUUAUCAGAAAUUGAGCUACCAAAGAGAAGAGGCACCUUCUUGGAAUUCAGAAAUGGUAUGAUUAAUGUUUCUCCUAUCGGUAGAAACGCCUCUACCGAGGAACGUAACGAAUUCGAAAGAUUUGAUAAGGAACAUCAAGUUAGAGCUAAAUUUGUUGAAGCUUUGAAGAAGGAAUUCCCACACUUGGCCCUUACCUACUCCAUUGGCGGUCAAAUUUCCUUUGACGUCUUUCCAACUGGUUGGGACAAGACCUACUGUUUGCAGCAUGUCGAAGCUGAUGGUUUCAAGGAAAUCCACUUUUUCGGCGAUAAGACCAUGGUCGGCGGCAAUGACUACGAAAUUUACACUGACUCAAGAACAAUUGGCCACUCUGUCAAAUCUCCCGAUGAUACUGUUAGAAUCUUGAACGAAAUAUUUGAGUUGAACUAA